AUGGCGCCGCAGUGCUGGGCCCUGCGGUGCUGCCGCUGCCGCCGGUUCCAGGUGCAGCAGGCCAAGCGGAGCGGGAAGUGGAGCUGCUGCGUGUGCGGCCAGCGGCAGGCGGUGCAGAAGCUUUACGGCCAAGGGUCUGCCCUGGACUGCAGGCGCCAUGUCCAGAAGCUAAACCUGCUGCAGGGGGAGGCGGAGGAAGCAAUCGGGUGGACAUUUCGGUGCGUAGAAGACUCUGUAAAUGACAGCAAAAAUACAGCAGCCCAACAUGCAGACAGUUCAGUCCAGCAGGAGGGAAGAGCAGCAGUCAGUCGCUGGAGUAAAUAUUUGGACAAGGACAAUGAAGAUCAGGAAGAUGAGGAGGAGGAGGCGGGUACAGAAAGGCAACUGUUCUGUUCCCGAAGGAAGACCACUGUGGGAGAACAAAGAAAACACCAAAAGAGCUUCCUCUCCAGUGAUGCUCAGGAGUAUGCUGAAGAAAAUGAAGUUUGCCAGCUUGCCUACCAAGCCAAAAAGUGCAAGAAAAGUUCAGUAGCAGUGCCUGAUCAAGAUGAUGGAGAUGCUGUUUGUGGACAGAGCAUAGCUCCUGCUAUCUGUGAGCCCAUAGUGCCUAAGAAGAAUACACCAACCCCAAGUGCUUGUACCAAACCCUCCAAGUGGGAAAAAUUUCUCUCACAUUCUAAUAACUACAGUGAAAAUGCUGCCAGGGUCACCUUAUCACCACAGGAGGGCAGUGGAAGGUUGGGGCUACACAGCAUGACUGCUGCAGAUGCUGAUACGGUCAGUAGAUGCUCAGAACAGGCCCAAAGGACUCUAUCUCAAGGUACAGGUUUUGAAUUUAAAAAGUGUAUUGCUAGCACUGAGCAGAUUGGCUCGAAACUGCCUGGCACCAUGGUGUCCAGCAUCAGUUGCCCAGCUGGGGAGGAUGUGUUAUUCAAAGAACCGCAAAACCAAUUGAUAAGGGCAGGAUCUGGUGUCAUAGACACCACUGGGGGAAGAUGCUGUUCAGACAGCACAAGGAGGACAAACACCUUUGUUAACUGUAGCAAUGGGCCAAAGCCUAGCAUAAUUUCUUGUGAACACCUCUUCUGCACAGGUGAUGAGUUUGAUGAUGAUCUCUGGUAAGUUCAGGCAUGUUUGGCACUUCUUUCUUAUCUCUGUAAUGUAGUUGGUAUGCCAAGUACUGAGGCAAGAUUUACUGUAAGCCUUGAAGGACUGCAUUAUUAAAGCUGUUUAC